AUGAAACUGGCCGAAAGAUUCUUUCUGAAAAUUAAGCAUCCUGGUGACCGUAUUGAGGAGGUGGAUGAGGAAUCGUUUGCGUUAUCUACAAUCCACGACUUGGUCUUUCUAGACAAUGCACAGAGGCUGUUUGGAAAUACCAGUCAAACCGGUGUGGACGCGUUUGUCCGGAAAGAAAAUGAACUAUCGCUGAAAGAAUUGUGGAGCAAAUACGAGAAUGAACAGCACUCCGCCAUUGAGGGAAUUUCGAUUGUCAAACUGUUCUCUCUUCAUUUUAGCCCAUUACCCAUUGAUCAGGUUAAAUCGCGCAUGCUGCAGGAUACCAUUGCGAUCAUUUUAAUAUCUUACUUUACCGCAUUUCUUGGCGAAGGCCUAACAUGGUUAUUUGUUUACCGAACUGAGAGGUAUCAAAAGUUGAAAUCUGAGGUGGAUAAACAGAGCAAACGCUUGGAAAAGCAGCGCGAUGUCACAGACAUCACCAUCGAUCGCACAGCGAAGAAACGGCUUGAAAAGCAGGAAGAGCGUUUGAAGAACAUAAGCAGAGAGUUUUCGAUGGUCAAAAUGAAAUCCAUGUUCGCGGUUGGCAUCAUUUUUACGUCACUGUUCAGCGUCUUCAGCAAUAUGAGCAUUAGCACGGAACACGCGUGCGAAUUCUGUUGAUCUUCUCACCAAUGCGAUCAGUAGCUUCACUUUUGACGCAGAUUCCGGUUUCACUUUUGAGGCAUAGUUCAAACGCUGAAAGAUAUGUUCCGGACGGACUUCAGUCGUCAGGACGAUCCCUGGAAAGUGCGUUUGUUACUUCACAAAUUCGGCGCGAGCGAGCAUUCAAGAUUCAUCGACCAUAUUCUGCCCAAACAACCAAAGGGCCUGACUUUCGACGAAGCGGUCUCACGGCUCUGAAAUAUUUGGUUUGACGGUCGCGUGGUAGCCAAACUUCCGUUCAUGCCUAUCCCAUGGAUCCGUGGGCUGUCGCAUCGCAAUUUGCCUGGUGACGACUUCACAGAUGGGUCCUUUAUCUUCAUCUACAUGCUAUGCACGAUGUCGAUUCGCCAGAAUGUGCAAAAGAUGCUGGGUUUCGCUCCAUCACGCACCAUAAACAAACAAGCUCCUGGACUGAGUUAACACUUCACCAAGUUGUCACGGCACGCAAUGCGCUGGAUUGUGUUCUUCCAAGUGACUGAUAACCUUUUCAUCAUUAUGUAUCAAUACAAUGAAGUGUCUUCCUCAUCCGACUUCUACGCGGUAGAUAGAAUAUGUGCGAAUUUUCCCAAGACGCUUGAG